GCAAAGUCCAACCAUGGACGAAGUCUAAUGUGGUACAUUCGGCAGUGGAAGUUGUACGCCCACCGGCCCACGCGCUUGCUUGCCUAUUUCCAAUUUUGUAAAUGUGAUCUUUGCUUGGUUGUUGACCUAAAAUUGUGUAGUCUUCCUUUGAUUGAGCUGAAUAGAUUAGUAUUCGUGAGAUUGAGAGAAGUGAAGAGAGGGAAAGGAAGUUAGAGAUGGCGACGUUGAGUAUUCCUCCGGUGUUAACUACGCCUCGUGAUGAUGCUAUGCAACUCUACCGUGCUUUUAAGGGUUUUGGGUGUGAUACUGCAGCAGUUGUCAACAUCCUUGCCCAUAGGGACGCAACACAGCGUUUGCUUAUUGAACAAGAGUACAGAACUAUGUAUUCUACAGAACUUUCCAAACGGCUGGCUUCAGAACUUAGUGGUAACGUCGAGAAAGCAAUCUUAUUGUGGAUGCCUGAUCCUGCUGCACGGGAUGCAACAAUUAUAAGGCAAGCUUUGACUGGUGACAUCAUUGAUCUAAAAGCUGCUACUGAAGUAAUAUGUUCUCGGACUUCACCCCAAAUACAAUAUGUUAAACAAAUAUACCAUGCUCGCUUUCAUGCUUACCUUGAGCAUGAUAUUGAAUACCAGGCAUCUGGUGAUCACAAAAAGUUGCUGCUCGCCUGCAUUAGUUCAAUGCGGUAUGAAGGUCCAGAGGUGGACAAGGUAAUGGCUGAAAAGGAUGCUAAAUCUCUCUAUAAAGCUGGGGAAAAGAAGCUGGGAACUGACGAGAAGACAUUCAUACAUAUAUUUUCUGAAAGAAGUCGGGCACAUUUGGUCGCUGUUGCUUCUGCUUAUCACAGCAUGUAUGGGAACUCACUGAAAAAGGCCAUAAAAAGUGAAACCUCAGGGCACUUUGAGUUUGCACUCUUGACUAUACUGCAGUGUGCUGAAAACCCUGGGAAGUACUUUGCCAAGGUGCUGCAUAAGGCAAUGAAGGGCAUGGGAACUGAUGAUACAACCCUUACUAGAGUGAUAGUGACGAGAGCGGAGAUUGAUAUGCAGUAUAUAAAAGCAGAGUACCAUAAGAAAUACGGGAAGUCACUCAAUGAUGCAGUUCAUUCGGAAACAUCAAGCCAUUACAGGACAUUCCUUCUCUCUCUUUUGGGUGCGACUCACCGCUAGACUGAGGAAAGGUCUCUUGAGAAGCCAAGUUCCAGAGCAAGAGAAAAGGUUUCUCCUUCUAUUCUGUAUAUGUUCUGUAUAUGCUUAUCUCCAUGUGUUAGCCUAAGUGUUGGAUAUGUGGUAGAUUGACUAUGUCUUGUUAUUAGUUCUCAAGCUUGCCUUUAGCUAUGUAGAGUCUUUCCAUGUGUAAUAGCCCAAAUGCUGGAUAUCUGAUUCAUUGACUAUGUUUAUUUAGAGAUUUGUAGAGUUGUAUGUUGCAUAAAGGUUUGUCGCCUUUUCAGCUUAUCGCUACUGGGUUUGUUCCAAGCGUUGUGUACAACAUAAAUGUAUUUACAUAAUGUUAAAUUUCCUUUACAAA